ACGGAAAGGAACGAGGUAGACAACGGAAGUUACGUUAUUACUUUGACCCGGAAGUUCUAGAAAAUGUGAAGCCUUUUGCACAUGGGCAGUAGAUUGCACGCUGGCAAGAUGGACACACACGAUCUGUUUAGGAGGCUUGGCGCUGGAACUAAAUUCGAUUUUCAAAGGUUUGGAAAAGAUGCUGCGCGAUUUAAGGUGUUGAGACCACAACCGAAGAAAGGUUCUAGUGAUCCUCUAACAAAAAUAGACUUUUUUAGCUCUGGAACCCAUGAUAUUGUGAAUGAUGAGGAUGAGGAGAGUGACUCGGAAUGCGAACAGGACUCAAAAUCUGUCAAAAGGAAAUUGAAAGAUGAAGGGAAAAAUUCAGAUUCAUCUCAGAAAAAGAUGAAGAAAAAAGACAAAACCUCUGGAGUUACAGAGGAUGAGUCAAUACAAUGGAUUUCCUCCUCAGAAAAGAAGCCUGGUGAUCCAAAAGAGGGCAAGGAUCAGCUGUCCGUGAAGAGACUCAAGCAGUUGCACCAGGAGAAGAUCAAUCAGGCCCGAGGCCAGAACAAGAUCCACGUUCAUGGGACCGAUAUCCCAGAUCCAGUCUGUACUUUUGAUGAGCUGCAGAAAGAAUACCAGCUGGAUUCUAAAGUGCUUCAGAACAUUCUCACAGGUGGCUACGAAAGCCCAACACCUAUCCAGAUGCAGGCCAUUCCUGUCAUGAUGCACAAACGAGAGAUCCUUGCAUGUGCGCCCACUGGCUCAGGGAAGACGGUGGCUUUCUGUUUGCCUGUCAUCACAAACCUGCGCAAGCCAGUCAACAAAGGCUUCCGAGCCCUGGUGAUCUCCCCCACACGUGAGCUGGCCCAUCAGACUUACAAGGAGCUUCUCAGGCUUGUCGAUGGAACAGGUCUCAGAGUGCACAUCAUCAAGAAAAAGGACACAGUCCAAAAACAAGGCCCCAAAUCUAAGAAGGUCUUCGACAUACUAGUAAGCACGCCCAACCGUCUCCUCUACCUGCUGAAUCAGGACCAGCCAGCCUUGGACCUCAGCAAGGUGGAGUGGCUGGUGGUCGAUGAGUCAGACAAGCUGUUUGAGGACGGCAAGACUGGCUUCAGAGAACAGUUGGCUGCCAUCUUCCAAGCGUGCUCCUCGCCAGCCCUCCGCAGAGCGUUCUUCAGUGCCACAUGUGCCCCGGACGUGGAGAAAUGGUGCAAGCUCAACCUGGACAAUCUCGUUGUGGUCAACAUUGGCGCCAGGAACUCUGCUGCUGAGACUGUAGAGCAGGAGCUGCUGUUUGUGGGCGCCGAGAGCGGGAAGCUGCUGGCAUUCCGGAACCUGAUAAAGAAAGGCCUCAUGCCCCCGGUGCUGGUGUUUGUGCAGUCCAUCGAGCGCGCCCGUGAGCUCUUCCACGAGCUGGUCUACGAGGGCAUCAAUGUGGAUGUCAUUCACGCCGACCGGACGCAGCAGCAGCGGGAGAACGUGGUGAAGAACUUCCGCUCAGGGAAGAUCUGGGUGCUGAUCUGCACCGCACUUUUAGCCAGAGGCAUCGACUUCAAAGGGGUCAACCUGGUGGUCAACUACGACUUUCCGACCAGCGCCAUCGAAUACAUUCACCGCAUUGGCCGCACAGGAAGAGCAGGCCACAAGGGUAAAGCCAUCACAUUUUUCACAGAGGAUGACAAACCCCUCAUUCGCAGCAUUGCUACAGUCAUCAAACAGGCGGGAUGCCCUGUUCCCGACUACAUGGUGGGGUUCAAGAAACUGGAGACCAAACAGAAGCGACAGCUGCUGAAGAACCCGCCCAAGAGACAAACAAUCCGCACAACCCCACGGUUCCUCACUGCGAAGAACAAAGGCAAGAAAAGAAAGAGGAAAGGGGUGAAGAAAGCUGACGGGAAGAAAACUGAGGCUGGGGCUGCUGCUGGUGCACCCAAGGGUGUGGUGAAAUCACAAAAAGACCACUGACAGCUGAAAUUCCGUCUAGAGUACAAUUUUGUCUUAGUGUUCUUGUUCUGUCGAGAUGUCAGAAAUGUUUUUUUAAGACUUGGACAAUCCAGAAUAGUCUGACACAUAGUGUACCAUGGUUAAGUUCAUAUUUCUGGCAUUCAGUUUGACAAAUUGUAUUAUUGCUUGAUGGUCCACAUGGGUGUGAUGUGCCAUAGUGUAGGAUGCAGGUAUACUGUGUGUGACUACUACACCCACUAAGUAAAAAUAAAUCAGAGGUGAUAUUGAUUGAUCAAAUUUCCAAUAACCUUUCACAACAUGCAGGUUCUAUUUUGAAUAUAUAAGCUGUAUUGUAUGAUAAACUUUAUAAAAUAUUUGAAAGAAA